AUGAAAUUAGACACAAAACACAUGCGCUACCUCGCCGCAGAGGAUUGGAAAGUUUUGGCUGCUGUUGAACAAGGAAGCAAAAACCACGAACUUGUACCCACAUCAUUGAUCGAGAAGAUUUCGCACCUCCGAGGUGGUGCUGGUAGCGUCCACAGGAGUAUCUCGGCUCUCGCCAAAGUCGGCCUCAUUGCCCGCGUUAAGGAAGCAAAGUACGACGGUUACCGACUUACAUAUGGUGGUCUUGACUACCUCGCCCUCCAUACCUAUGCCAAGAAGAAAGAGGUCUACAGUGUAGGGGACCGAGUCGGUGUGGGCAAAGAAAGUGAUAUUAUGAUCGUGGCAGACGACACAGGCACUCAACGAAUUCUCAAGAUCCACCGACUAGGCCGUAUUUCUUUCCGAUCCGUCAAGUCGAACCGAGACUACCUCAAAAAGCGACAAUCCGGCUCAUGGAUGUACCUCUCCAGACUAGCAGCUAUGAAAGAGUUUGCUUUCAUGAAGGCUCUGCGCGAGGUGGGCUUACCUGUCCCCGAACCAUUUGCACAAUCUCGACACACAAUUGUCAUGUCCUUGAUAGACGCUUUUCCCCUUCGACAAAUCGCCGAGGUCCCCGACCCAGCGUCCCUGUACGGCGAACUGAUUGCUCUUCUACUUCGACUUGCCAAGCAUGGACUGAUUCAUGGCGAUUUCAACGAGUUCAAUAUCCUUAUUAAGGAGAACAUAACGAAAUCGGAAGAGGGCGAGGAGGUGCUUACUCUGGAGCCCGUUGUCAUUGAUUUCCCACAGAUGGUUUCUAUGGAGCACCAAAACGCCGAAAUGUAUUUUGAUCGGGACGUCAACUGCAUCAAGCGCUUUUUCGAACGCAGAUUUCACUUUGUGCCGACCGAACCUGGUCCAUUCUUCAAACAUGCUAAGAAGGCGAUGAUGAAGGAGGGCCUGAAGAGACUCGAUGCUACAGAACUGGCAUCUGGCUUCACAAAGAAGAUGUUGAAAGACCUUGAGGCUGCUAUUAAGGAGAAGGUUGAGGAAACGGCUCAAAAAGGUGACGAUGAGGAUGAAGAGGACGAGUCCGAAGAUGAAGACGAAGAUGGUGAGGAAGAGUCGGAUGAUCCUCAAGACGGCCAAACAUCGGGCGGUCUACUCGGCGCAGAUGUCAUAAAUUCAAAGGAUGAUGCUCCUGUCGAGGAGAGCAUGUCAAAGCUGGCAGUUUAG